AUGCAUGGGCUAACGAAGGUCAUUGAGCACAAAUGCGUGGAUCCUCAAAAUGAGAUGGUGAAUGAGAAUAGUGUAUUUAGGAAUCAGCAAAUGGGGUUCAGUUCUAGACUUGCCUUUGACACAAGCAAAACUACUCGAUCAGAUGAAUGGUGGAGAACAUUUGGAUACGAUGUUCCAAAUCUUCAAAAGUUGGUUGUACAUCUUCUUAGCCAAAUUGCCUCAUCUUCUGGUUGUGAGAGGAAUUGGAGUGUGUUUGAGAGGGUACAUACAAAGAAGAGGAAUAGGGUUUACAACAAGAAUAAACUAUUUGAUCCCUUGGAUUAUGAAAACAUUAACAAAAUAGAUUGUUGGGUCAUACCUGAAGAAGAUUUACCCAAUUUUAACAUGGAAGAUUUGGAGGAAAUGGCAGCUCGACCGGAACCAACCUCGUCUCAAGCACUUGGGAGUACUGGUGGUGAUGGUAGCGGUAGUGGUGUUGGUUGUACUAGUGGUGAUGCUAGCGGUAGUGGUGUUGGUGGUGGUGUUGGUAGUACUGGUGGUGAUGCUAGCGGUAGUGGUAGUGGUGUUGGUGUUGGUGGCAUAGAAGCCAGUACCAGUGGAGUUGGAGCUAAUACUUCGGAGGACCAAUCAUUCAUUGGUGAGGACCUAGAGACGGUAGUUAGACGCGAUAUGAUUGUGGCGGAAGUGUUUACGUCGUACUAG